AUGAAAAUAUCCACACUCGCUGCUGGUUUAUUGGCUCCGCUGGCUUGGGCAUCUCCAUUGUAUGACUUGGAAUUGGCUUUAGAUUCAACUGGUUAUACCCCGGAUGAUCAACAUUUAAUUGAUUUGUUUUCUCAACAAUUGACAAAUAUUGACAAGUUUAACGGUACAAAUACUACAAAGUGUGAAAAAUGUAUCAAAAGAUUACAAUUGGGUAAAUCAAUUGCAUUGACAAAACCAAAUUUAGUUUAUCCGGUAUUCACAAAAUGGUGUACUGAUAAUGGUGUUGCUUCUGCUUUAACUUGUAAAACAAAUUAUGGAAGAAAUACAGUUGAUAAUUCAACUUUUGGUACAAAUUUUGCUAAUAUGCUUUAUCUUAUGGAUCCAAACUCUUAUGAUGGUCAAUUAUAUUGCCAUUUCCAAGAUAAUAAAGGUUGUCCAUUACCAGAAACUCCAAAAGUUGAUAUGUCAUCAUAUUGGCCUGAAAAACAAGAAAAACAUUAUCAUGCUCCAAAACCUGGUAAUGAAACUUACAAUGUUCUUCAUGUUUCAGAUUUCCACAUUGAAUUGAAUUAUGAGAUUGGAUCAGAAACUAAUUGUACAAUGGGUAUGUGUUGUACUCCACAUAGUGUUGCCAAACAUCCACCUCCAGAAGGUUAUAAAUUUACUACCAAUAUGACUGAAGAUCAAAUUGGUAAUUUAUCUUAUACUCCAGCUUGGUAUGAUGAUCAAAACGAUGUUCAAUAUGGUGAACCAGUUGAUGUUGAUAUUAAUAACUCUUCAGUUUGGUAUCCUGCAAAUACUUUUGGCCAUUAUGAAUGUGAUGCACCACCUGUAUUGGUUAAUAGUUCAUUAAAAUCUGUUGCUCAAUAUCAAGAAGAAUUAGGGUUAGAUUUCAAAUUCACUAUAUUCACUGGUGAUUUAGUUGAACAUGAUGAAGCACAAUAUAAGAGUUAUUUUUCAAAUGUUGAAUCUGAAGAAAUCAUUUUCCGUGAUUUGAAAAGAACUUUAAAAGAUGUUCCAGUUUAUUCAGUUUUAGGUAAUCAUGAUACUUUCCCUUAUGCUCAAUUAGCUCAAGAAAAAUCUGGAUUUGGUAACUUAUUUGAUUGGAAUGCUGACUUAAUGGCUGAAAUGUGGGAAGAAUAUGGUUGGAUUAAUGCUUCAACUGCUCGUGUUGUUAGAAAACAUUAUGCUGGGUUUUCAGUUACAACUUCAACAAAUUUGAAAAUUAUUGCAUUAAAUUCAAAUGCUUAUUAUGUUAAGAAUUUAUACAUGUAUUGGAACGCAACUGAUAUUGAUUCUUUUGGACAAUUCCAAUUCUUAAUUGAUGAAUUAGUUGAUGCUGAAGCUAAAGAUCAAAGAGUUUGGAUUAUGGCUCAUAUUCCAUUAAUUCAAGAAGCUUUACCAUUACCUGCUGAGAUUUUCACUCAAAUUAUUAAAAGAUUUUCACCGUACACUAUUGCAGGUAUUUUCUUUGGUCAUACUCAUAUGGAUCAAUUUAAUAUCUUAUAUGAUGGUACUGAUAUUACUAAUAAGUCUGAAGACAAUGUUGUUGCAAAUGCAUGGAUUUCACAAGCUGUUACACCAUUAACUGAAAAUAAUCCAUCAUGGAGAUAUUAUGCUAUUGAUACCAAAACUCAUAGUGUUAUGAAUUCUUACAAUUACUAUACAAAAUUAAACGGGACUUUCACUAAUGGUAAUGAAGAACCUGUUUGGGAAUUUGAAUAUAGUGCAAGAGAAGCUUAUCAAGAUAUCACACAAUGGCCUGAAGAUGAAGCGUUAAAUGCAACUUUCUGGCAUAGAGUUGCUACUGCGGUUAACACAACUGAAGAAGUUACACAACUUUACAACAAUUACAAAAGAAGAUUUAGUCCAUAUGUUCCAAAUUGUAUUGGUACUGAUGAUUGCAAUGGUAGUUGGUGCUUCCUUGCUAGUUUUACAUUAGAUCAAUAUCAAAAAUGUAUGAAGACUUAUGAUGAACCAAGCUUUUAUUGA